AUGUUGUGGCUGCUCUUUUUUCUAGUAACUGCUAUUCGUGCCGAUCUCUGUCAACCAGAUGCAGAAAAUGCUUUUAAAGUGAGACUUAGUAUCAGAACAGCCCUGGGAGAUAAAGCAUAUGCCUGGGAUACAAAUGAAGAGUAUCUCUUCAAAGCAAUGGUGGCUUUCUCCAUGAGAAAAGUUCCCAACAGAGAAACAACUGAAAUUUCCCAUGUUCUACUUUGCAAUGUAACCCAGCGGGUGUCGUUCUGGUUUGUGGUUACUGAUCCUUCAAGAAAUCACACCCUUCCUGCCGUUGAGGUACAGUCAGCCAUCAGAAUGAAUCGAAACCGGAUCAACAAUGCCUUCUUUUUGAAUGACCAGACUCUGGAAUUUUUAAGAAUUCCUUCCACUCUUGCACCACCUACUGACCCGUCUGUGCCCAUCUGGAUUAUUAUAUUUGGUGUGAUAUUCUGCAUCGUCCUUGUGGCGACCAUGCUAUUGAUUUUAUCAGGAAUCCGGCAACAUAGAAGGAAGAACAAAGGACCAUCUGAAAUGGAAGACACUGAAGAUAAGUGUGAAAACGUGAUCACAAUUGAAAAUGGCAUCCCCUGUGAUCCCCUGGACAUGAAAGGAGGGCACAUUAACGAUGCUUUUGUGACAGAAGAUGAGCGGCUCACCCCUCUCUGA